AUGUUUGAGGAAAUCAAAGGCUCCCAAAAGAUGUUCGUCCUUUUCAUCUUCAUAGUUAUCUUCUCUAUCGUCAUCAUAUCCAUUAACAAGAAAAAGUGGAUAGACAAUCAAGCUCCUGCCAUUAUCAAAAAAGAUACGAGUAAACCUGUGUUCGAAUCUUUAAACACACAAGAUUCUUCCGGUGAAGAUAUGUCAAAGCCACCACCAAAACAACCCAAGACUGAUCUACAGGAACUAUCUCUAGAAGAUGACAUGAACAACGCAAGAAUCGAAGCAUUAUCAUCCAAUCCAUCUUCUCCACGUGCCAGAAAAUCCUCCGCCAUGAAGAUCAGUUGUCUGUGUGCUCCGACCAACCACCCUGGCUCCUUCAGGUGUCGCUACCACCGGAACAGUGUCUCAGUCGGCUCCAACCUUUCUGAAUUAGCCUACCGGAAAACUGCCUCCGUCGGUUCAAACCUUUCAGAUUUAGGAAACACAACCACCAACAUGAAGAAAUCGAGACGACCUAGAGAAUGCUGAUAAAAUUCUUAUCGAUUCAUUAUGUGUAAAAAACUAACAUGUACUUUCAUUCAAAUAUAUUAUUAUUAUUAUUAUUAUUAUUAUAUAUAAUUCAAACUGGAACAAAGCUUUUCCGUUUCUCAGAUGCAUAUGACAUCGGAAACCAUGGAGUUUAAUAUGUACAAAACUCAAAACUGACUAUACUCCUAACAAAUCUAAACUCGAUCUCGUAAUAUCACGAUCACAUCGGGCAGGUGUUUUCUUCGGAUUCUAAAGGCGCCAUCAUGUGGUUUCGACACAGAGGACAAGUGGUGUUCCAGUAUUUUAACCAUUUCUCGAGGCAUGAUUUAUGGAAAACGUGUCCACACGAGAGGUGGUUUAUCUCUGCGUCUGGUUUGAAUUCAAUCAAGCAAACGGAACAUUCUUGUUUGGUGAGGGGAGAAGAGAGGAGGGAGUCGUACCGGAGUGUUGGUGUCCGGCUUCUGAACUCCUCCAUGUAACUCGUUGAUGGUGUUCCACGGCAUUCCGGUGACUCGACGAAGCUUUGAUCGGAAACAUCCUCCCACCACGGGAAACGAAUCCCGACGAGAUUAAGGAUGGAACGAAGGAUCUCCUUCAUGAAGGAUAUCGACAUGGCGGUUUUCACCAGAAUUAUACAUAGGAUUCCGGCAUCGGAAGGGUUUGAGUAUGGUGAGAGACCCAUAUUGGUGCUUGAACCUGUAAAUACAACACAAAAAUUAUCAAAAUUAGUCGAUUUCGACAAAAGAAAUCAUACAAAUUUUCAUCCAAUUUCUAUUCGACCUCUUUUAAUAUGGGGGAAAAGGGGGAAGAAUGAACCAAGUGUUAUAUAACCUAAUUUCUUAUGAGCAGUUCGCAAAAGAUCUUAAUCACCACAGUUUUCAUUUCAAUUUUAUGAAUCUACAGUACAAUUUUUUUGGAAGAUCGAUAGAUAAGAAUUCAGAUUGUGAAGAACAAAGAAUAAAAACAUCCCCAAAAACGACGUUCAGAUCAUGUAAUGGAAACUUCAUGAAUCAAAAACAUAAAAACAGAUUCAACUUCCAUUUUUAAAACAAUACAACAGAUAAAUAAGAAAAAUAAUAGAAAUCUACGCAGAGAUCUAGAAGUACUGAAGAAAGAGAGAGAUUACUUACUUGGAAGCAGGGGGUAGGUUGAAGAUGAAAUAGUUAGUUGAAAUCGUUGAAGUUGAAUGGGAAAUUGAGGUUGGUUUUAAGAGUUGCGAGAUAGAAAAAGGACAGUACUGGGGCUUUAACGGCGGAGGAUGGUGGCACCGGCACACCGCUGGUUAGAAACAGGAGGUGGUGUUAGAGUGAAUCCACUGCUUCAGUUGAGAAUAUAUACUCCCCCGUCCCCAUCUUUCCAUUAAAG